UCAGAUCAGUCUCCUACCAGUUUUGACCGCGACUACCUACUACCUACUAGUGGAGAAAGGUUCUCAUAGUUGUUCAGUUCAUACGGAAAUAUACUCGCGGACUCUCUUAUCAGUGCACAUGGCCGGACAGAGCCAAUUCCAAUCACAGGUGCACUUCCUCUGUUGCUUCGGCUUCCUUCUUGGCCUUCAACGACCUUCGGAAGCUGCAUCGUCACCGGCCAAGCUGGACACUGACCUGAGUCCACCAAAAUACGAGUUUGGCUAUGAGGUUCGUGACGACAGAGGUGGUCAGCAGGGUCACCUCGAAGCCAGAGAUGGAGUCUACGCACUUGGAAAGUACUACGUCAAACUUCCUGAUGGCAGUGACCAAAAAGUGAACUAUUUCACCGACGACCUAGGAUAUCACCCACUGGUGGAGUACAACAGCGCGUCGCCUUCAGGCUCGAGCAGAACCCAAUUCGCAAUGGGAGAAAAGGCAGUUGCAGCACUAGUCAAGUCAAUAAGCGAUAUUAAGACAACACACGAUUUCGAUAGUGCUCGGAAAUUGACAACAAAUAAAAAACAGGAGAAUUCAGGAAAAGUGAAUUCAGAUUUAAAAAAUUCGAAUAGCGCUCACAAACCAGGAUCAUCUGUAUACAUUGGAUUAGCAUCGACGCCUGCAAUUGCGAACGAUGUACAUGUCGAGUCCUCCACUCCAACUCCGCACUUCAGUACGACACCAAGCUCACAGCAUUCUUCAAGUGUCUCAGAGUCAAGUAAUUUCGAGGAGAAUCUGUAUGCAUUCGAUGAGCCAACCCUUGCUCCACUCACUGUCUCAUCAGUAUCGCCUCCUCAGGGUGGAUCACUCCUCAUGCACACUAUCAAUCUGGAAGGAGGAGGAGACCAGUCCAGAUUAUCUUCAUCUCAUCGAACGUUAGCUGAUUUUGGCAUGAAACUACAAAGAAAUCCUCUCAGUACAUUUCUGAACAUACAUUCUCAUAAAUUUUCAUCCACAUCUCAACCUGUGACAUCGAACUAUGUUGAAAAAUCAGUGGAGGACGUGACGCAGAGGGGUUCAACGACUGUUGAUGGGGAGAACUACUCGCAGAAUACCAAAGAUGAUAUUGUACAGACCAGCCCAACUGUAGCAGCUAUUACAACAUUGCAUACAAAUCCCUACUCUAUAAUCAACGUUGACGUGUCUCCAAACGGUGAAGACUCUAGAGCUCAUGAGAUCAACAGCCAAACAACAAAUGCAACAAGCUACAGUACAAGUACUACUACCGACAAGACAGCACAAGAAAGUGAGCUCAGAUAUACAAUAUCAACCACUCCUGCAUCUACAACGCCCGAUGACACCUUCAUUCGGCCCAUUGUUGUGCCUGAUGGGCCUUUCGAAAUGCAAUCAUUUUACACUGGGCUACUGAAAACAACAGAAGAGAUGAAAAACUUCAUUAUCAACCUGAAUAGGACUCUGAUCACUAAUGAGGGACUAUCUGAUCAUGAAAGUGGAGAGCAAUACAAAUUACCUCCACCACUGAUCCAACAAGCUCAUCUUGCGGUCACUGAGGAGGACGAAAACUCACUGCAUACUUCCUCCAAUCAAAUACUAGCUCCCAUUCAAGCGGCUGUGUCUCUGUCAGCCUCAGAGCUGUCAGGGGCUGAAGCAACCAGUAAUUCGGAAGAAGUCAAGGCUCUGGAAUCAGCUGAGCUUGUUGUUGAGAAGCAAACAUUGGAGAAGCAGCCAGUUCUCAAGACAACCAUCGAUAUUCAGAAAUCUAUACCAUUUGAAAUUCCUCACCAGGAGAGUAGUGUUGAGGAAAAUGAGGAAAGCCAACCAGUGUCAAAUGAUCACAAUAGUCCAUCUUAUCAGCAAGGAGCAUAUCUACCGAUUCACCAAUCAAUCAAUGAAGAAUUUUCUAAGAUUGACAAAGAUGCAAGUUCACAAAAUGUGAGAAGCCAAUUCCUGCAGCAAGUUUAUUCUGCUUAUCAAAGUUUAGCAAAUAAUCCGAAUGCUUCUCCAUAUUACUCUCCAGUUGAUUAUACCAGUGAAAAAGUUGAAGCUCCUGGGCCAGUGCCUACACAACAAGCUCCUAAAAAGCUCUACUAUGUCUAUUUACAGGGAUAUAACUCAGGAAUGGAUCGUUAUGCUCCAUCACCACAGUAUUCGAGCUCGUAUCAGAAUAAUGUUCAUCAGCAAGGUUUAGAAACAAAUUACGGGGGGCAGUUGACAAAUCCAAUCACAGCUCUUCCUCCUGGAAGCUUCAGUCAAUCUAGUGCGCAUAUUUAUCGAAACGGGGAGCCUAAUCUCAAUGUAGCAACAUUCAUCAAUCAUGGCAAUUCAGGUCAGAGUGUGCAGUAUAAUAGACUUAUUGAAGCACAACACACUGAUGAGAAUGAGAAUCAUAAUGGACAAUAUACACAUCUUGAGGGCAUACAUAACCAAAUGGAUGUAGUUAGAGAUGAAAGUAACAGAGCUCCACUGAAGGUGCAAUAUAUCAGUGGAAGUUCUCAAAACUUACCCUUGAAUCAUUUAAAUGCCUUAUCAGCUGAAAGUUUUCACAAAUAUCUAGAACAAACAACCAAAGCGAAUGGAGAAUCUGCUAUGAAUGGGUAUAAUGCAGGUCAUGAACCUCAAUACAAUGGCCAAAUCCCAGUUGUGAGUCAAAAUCCAGAAAUAAAUGGACUCAGAAUUAAUAGUUUUCUGCACAGCAGGUUUUUAGGUGAAGAUAAAUUGAAACUUGAACAAGUACCCAGCAUUAGGCCAGCGUUACCAGUAGUUCCUCAAGUACCAUUGACCUGGCCACAUGCUCUUCCAUUGUCAAGGGUGGCUCACUUGCCUUACCUACAACCUUACUUACAAAUGUCUCAGUUACCUAUUCCACCCUACAAACAAGUGAUUCCAUAUCCUCUGACGCAUUAUCUGCCGCUACAGAAUACCGCCACACAAGUAGCCAGUCAUAGUACUUUACAACCAACCGUCUAUAACAGAAACGAUCAACAUGAAAAUCCAAAGAAAGAAGGACCUAAAGCUCCGUUUCGUCCUAGUCAAAAGCUCUAUCAUUCAGUCUAUCCUCCUGAAAUGUACUAUGUGGCUGAAUACAUGCGACCGAAUGCCAGAUCGAGGGGUUUGGGGAAGAAAUUAUGCAUAGAAUACGGAGGGUUCAAACCACCACUCAUACCAUCGGUGCAAAUAGACGAAAAACUUGAAGUCAACAUCGGAAAGCGAGUUGAUAAAACCGACUGAAACUCAUCAGGGAGACAUCGAUCCUCUCACACCCCUAUCGUGAUAUCAUCCCAUUGAUAUAAUAACUCAUCCAACACAUACAUACAAUCAUGAAAUCAUCGAUUCAUUCUAAUGAGUAGUGAAAAUUUCAUAAUUGAUUGAACUAUCAUUCCUUCUUCAUUGAUAUUAUUAUUCCAUCGUCAUCUCUCUGUAUUAUUUGUCGUGAUAUCUAGGUUAAGUGAUAUUUAAUAAUUGUAUGAUAAUAUUAUUUUUUAAAUUAUUGAUUUAAACCAACUCAUUGUGUGUAACAAAUUCUCAAAAAUCCAUGACAAUUCUCAGAGAAUAUACUUUCCGAUUGAUUCACUGAAAAGACAAUAAAUUAUAGACCUCAAAUGGAUUAAAAUAAGGAAUAUGUUGCCAUAAUUUCAAAGUGUAUAUACUGAUGAAAAUUUGACUGUCGUUAAUAAAACUUGUUUUGUUGAA